AUGUCGAUGCACUGGAAUGUGCACGCGAUUCUUCUGCUGGGGCGAGUUCUGGCUGGAGCUGGGACAUCGAUUCUCUUCUCGUGCUUCGAGUGCUGGAUGGUCUCCGAGCACACUGCAAGGCAUAAGUUUUCCGCGAACUUGCUGGCAUACACCUUCAGUCUCAAGUUCUGCGCAAUGUACAUGGUGGCUGUGUUGGCGGGCCUCGGAGCACAGGCUGUUGUUGAUAGCAGCAAGCUGACGGUGCUGGAAGGUCGUGUCGACAUUUAUUACGGAGGCUAUACAGCACCCUACGACCUCUCGGCAGCCAUGCUUCUUGUAGGGUUCUGCGUCAUCGCAACCUGCUGGUCGGAGAACUAUGGGCAGAGGUCAGAGACUGGCAGUAAGCUCCUUAUGUGGGAUGCAGUGAACCUGCUCAUCCAGGAUCGGGAUUGCCUUCGUCUCUGCCUGCUCGUCGCAAUCUUCGAGGGCUCCAUGUACGUUUUCGUCUCCAACUGGACGCCUGCCCUCGAGUCGGAGGACACCUCACCGCCUCACGGUUUGGUCUUUUCGCUCUUCAUGCUUGCAGCAACCUGCGGGUCCUCGGCAGCGACGCUGGGUGGACGCUUCAUCAGUCCACGCAGGCAGCUGCGCAUCAUCAUGCUUCUGUGUGUCCUGUCGUUUGCCCUCGCAAGCCGCAGUGCAUGCACAGCUAUCGGCUACUGCCUGAUCGCCUUCAUGAUGUUCGAGUUCUGCGUGGGCUGGUACUUCCCUUGCGUCGGCAUCGCCAAAAGCGAGAUUGUCCCGGAUCGCAUUAGGGGAUCGAUGUACAACCUCUUCCGGGUGCCGCUGAACGUCCUAGUGUUGGUCCUCCUCCUCACAGACCUCAACAGCGACUCCAGAUUCGCCCUUUGCUCUGUACUGCUGCUGCUGGCGAGCCUUGCCACCUUUGGACUUGGAAACAAGCCCAAGUCCUCCGACACCCGCGAGGUCUCCUGCCAGCCAGCCGUGUGA